ACGAGAAGAGGGACCGCAACAAGAUAUGGGAAUAACAACUGAGAAGUAGGGACCGUUUUCUUCAGGAUGGGAUUCUCUCUUUGAUGAAGGAGAAAAUAGCAUUACUUGAGAGAUGCUCCUGUCUCUAAUUUAAGCUCUACCUUGAGACAGAAUUAAGGACAACAGAAAAUAAUCAACACAACUGCCUAGUAACCGAGUGUGAUUUACUACUUGCUGCUGCUGGCCCAGGGAUCGGAAUUACAACUGGAAGCCGACUGGAGAGUUACCUUUCCCGGGACGUCUGUGCACAUUCAUGUGCAAAGUAGCUUAGUUGUGAUGUUGCGGCUCAAUAAGAACACAUUUGAAGAAGGCGUUAAAUUGAGUUUGCAAACUUGUACGGUUUGGCAGCCGUAGUUGUAGCGCUAACCUAAGGUCUUAGGUCGCUGCCUGCCUUCGUUUCCCUCCAGUUACUUGGAUAUCAACUCAUUUUGCGGUGCCAGAGACUUGCCCGAACGGGAGAAAUACAUAUAUUCUUCUCCACGGUUUUCCUGGCUAAGGAGGUUAUGGAGUUUCAUCCCACAUUAGAUGCUCUACUACCAAUACUAUUUGCACUCAUCAGUAUCACCUUAGGAUCCCGUCCCAGGCUCGAGGAUGCCCCUCCGCGGGUCCUGGAGCACCCGUCCGACCUGAUCGUGUCCAAGGGCGAGCCGGCCACGCUCAACUGCAAGGCGGACGGCCGGCCCACGCCCACGGUGGAGUGGUACAAGGACGGCGAGCGCGUGGAGACGGACCGCGAGGACCCGCGCUCCCACCGCAUGCUGCUGCCCAGCGGCUCGCUCUUCUUCCUGCGCAUCGUCCACGGCCGCCGCAGCAAGCCCGACGAGGGCGUUUACGUGUGCGUGGCCCGCAACUACCUGGGCGAAGCCGUCAGCCGCAACGCCUCGCUGGAAGUAGCCAUCCUACGUGAUGACUUCCGGCAGAGUCCGAGUGACGUGGUGGUGGCGGCCGGCGAGCCGGCGGUCAUGGAGUGCAUCCCGCCCCGAGGCCACCCCGAGCCCACCAUCUCCUGGAAGAAGAACAACGCCCGCGUCAACGACAAGGACGAGAGGAUCACCGUCCGCGGUGGGAAGCUAAUGAUCUCCAACACGCGCAAGAGCGACGCCGGGAUGUACGUGUGCGUGGGGACCAACAUGGUGGGCGAGAGGGACAGUGACCCUGCCGAGCUGGUGGUGUUCGAGCGGCCCAUGUUUGUGCGCAGGCCGGUGAACCAGGCAGUGCUGGCGGAGGAGACUGUGGACUUCCUGUGCGAGGUGCAGGGCGACCCCACCCCGACCAUACGCUGGCGCAAGGAGGAGGGGGAGCUGCCGCGCGGGAGGUCUGAAAUCAGGAGUGACAGCAGCCUGCGACUGACAAACGUGCGGGCAGAGGACGAGGGCACGUACACAUGCGUGUCUGAGAACAGCGUCGGCAAGACAGAAGCCUCCGGAACACUCCAGGUUCAUGUUCCUCCCCAGAUCGUGGUGCGUCCGCGGGACCAGAUCUCGGCUCAGGGCCGCACCGUCACCUUCCUCUGCGGCACCAAGGGCAACCCUCCCCCAGCAGUCUUCUGGCAGAAAGAGGGCAGCCAGAUCCUGCUGUUUCCCAGUCAGCCUCCGUCCGAGUCCGGCCGCUUCUCCGUCUCCCUGAGCGGCGAGCUGACCAUCACGGACGUGCGCGGCGAGGAUUCCGGCUACUACAUCUGCCAAGCCAUCAGUGUCGCCGGGAGCAUCCUCACCAAAGCCCUGCUGGAGGUGGAGGACGUGCCUUCAGACCGAGUACCUCCCAUCAUCCGUCAGGGCCCAGCCAAUCAGACGCUGGCUCCUGGAGUCACAGCCCAGCUGCAGUGUCACGUGAUGGGGAACCCCCUUCCCAGCAUUCAGUGGGAGAGGGACAGCCAGAGGAUCCUGGCCAAUGACGACCGCAUCAGCCUCAUGGAGAACGGCACCUUGCAGAUCGUAAACCUGCAGGAAACGGACUCGGGGACCUACACCUGUGUAGCCUCCAGCUCGAGCGGAGACACAAGCUGGAGUGGAGUUGUCACCGUGAAAGAGAGCGUGGACUCGUCGGUGAGCCAGGCGUCGGAGCCCAUCCAGCUGCCGGGUCCUCCCCAGAAGCCCGUGGUGACGGACGUGACCCUGAACAGCGUGACCCUGACCUGGCAGCCCAACGCUCACGAGGGGGGCGCGGCCGUCACCUCCUACAUCAUCGAGGCCUUCAGCCAAUCAGCGGGCAGCACGUGGCAGACGGUGGCGGACCUGGUCCGUCAGGAGAAGCACACGGUCAGCGGGCUCUUCCCCAACACCGUCUACCUGUUCAUCGUCCGUGCGGUCAACGCCUACGGACUCAGUGACCCCAGCCCCAUCUCGGAACCAGUGCGGACACAAGAUCUGAGUCCCACAGGUCAGGGUGUUGACCACAGGCAGGUCCAGCGAGAGCUGGGCGAGGUGGCCGUGGUUCUGCAGGAGCCUGUGAUCCUCAGCGCCUCCAGUGUGCAGCUCUGGUGGACGGUGGACCGCCAGUCGCAGUACAUCCAGGGCUACCGGCUGGUGUACCGGCCGAGCGGCAGCGGCGCGCUGUGGCAGACGCAGGACGUGAAGGCGGCGCCGGAGCGCAGCGCCGUGCUGGCCCGCCUGCUCAAGGGCACCGAGUACGAGGUCAAAGUGCGCCCCUACUUCAACGAGUUCCAGGGCAUGGACAGCCGCGCCGUGCUGGUGCGCACGCCCGAGGAGGUGCCCAGUGCCCCUCCUCAAGCUGUUGCCGUGUCGACGCUUAACCUUGGCAACAGCUCCAGCAUCAGCGUGUCCUGGCAGCCUCCGCCUGCUGAUGCACACAACGGCCUCAUCCAGGAGUACAAGAUUUGGUGCCUGGGCAACGACACCAUGACGCGGUACCACAUCAACCAGACGGUGGACGGGAGUGUCCUCUCCACAGUGCUGAAGGGGCUGCUGCCCGGCGUCUGGUACCAGGUGGAGGUGGCGGCGGUCACCAGCGCAGGCGUGGGCACCCGCAGCGAGCCCGUGCCCAUCUUUAUCAAACAUCCAGCGGAGCCUCCGGUGGUGCCCAGUGGGAGCGACGAGAACGUGAGCCUGGCAGAGCAGAUCACCGACGUGGUCAAGCAGCCGGCCUUCAUCGCGGGCAUCGGCGGGGCAUGCUGGGUAAUCCUCAUGGGCUUCAGUGUGUGGAUCUACUGCCGCCGCAAGAAGAGGAAGGAGCUGAGCCACUACGCCGCCUCGUUCGCCUACACCCCCGCAGUUGGCUUCCCCCAUGGAGAGGGCUCAGGUGUCAGUGGGAGGCCUGGCGUGCUGGGGAGCGGCAUGGGGAACUACCCCUGGCUGGCCGACUCCUGGCCCACCACCAACCUCAUGCACAGCGGCAAGGAGUCCGUCAACUGCUGCACCUCCAAACACGACUCGGCAGAAAGAUACUACAAUGAGGUGGGCAUCUCUAACUACCUGAACCAGACGGAGAAGUACAGCACGGGCUCCAACGAGGGCCCCAUCUACAGCACCAUCGACCCCACGGCCGAGGACCUGCGCAGCUUCUCCGCCCCCUACUCCCAGCACGCCACGCCCUACGCCAGCACUCCCAUCAUGCCCUUCUCCACGCAGGGCCCCGCCAGCCCCGAACAGGACGAAGGCCACUGGAUGACCCAGCCCAGCACCUCGGGCGCCCAGUACGCCCAACCUGACCGCACCAAGACAGACAACGCCCCCAAGCACAGCAAGCAGAAGUCGAUGGGUAAAGCGGUGAAGACUCCGUCUCUGAACUGGAUGGAGGCGCUGCCUCCUCCACCCGCCACGGAGGAGCUGGAGCCGUACGCCGACGAUCUGGAUCCCGACAACGACCUCCAGGACCUGGGCUCCGAGGAGGAGGAGGAGGAGGAGUGGUGUCCGCCGCUCCCCGAGAGGACGUACCUCAUGGACGGGACGGAGGUGGACGGCCCCGGUCCCUGCCCGCCCCCGCGGGCCGACGCCUCGUCCCCCACCACCUCCUACAGCCACCAGUCCACGGCCACGCUCACGCCCUCCCCCCGGGACGAGGGCCGGCUGGGCCACGACAUCCCCCGGCUGCACCACCUGGACGCGCCCCCCCAGACACGGCGGAUGCCUUGUGGACCCGUGCCCAUCCCGCGCGCUCCUAGCCCGCCCCUGACCCAGUCCAACCCCAACUUGUCAGCCAAUCAGGAGGGGGGACCAGAGGGGAGCACGCCACAGCGCUCAGCGCACCGCCGUGACCUCAGCCAGGGGGCGACGCUCAGCGCCGAGAACAUCAGUGCAACCACGCCAGGCAGGACACGAGCCUCUCCUCUGGACAGCUCCCAGUCGCCCGCCGGACCCAAGUCACGCGUCAAGAAGAAAACCUCCAAGACUGGCCAGUACAGGAGAGAUAUGAUGCAAGGAGACCUGCCUCCUCCCCCAGAGCCUCCUCCGGCAGACGAACUCCUGGUCACCCCGUCGGGGACGCUGGAGUACGGACACACGUCUCUGGACAGAGACGGCAGCUCCGUCUGCAGCUCCAUGGAGAGGAGAGACCACAGCGCCCCCAACAGGAAAAGCUCAGGACAGCGACGCAAAGAAGACGAAGACAUGGUUCCCUACACCAAGCCAAACCUCCACCUUGCCCGAGGCCAGAUGUCCAGCAACUGCUCCACGACAGGCAGCUCCUCGUCACGAGGCUCCACGGGCUCCAGAGGCCACAGCGCGGCCAAGCAGCGCGGCGAGGAGAUGAGAUAAGUGGACCCCACCAACUGAACAACAAGAGGAGACGAAGCUGUGGAGAGGAAGCGAGAUUGUACAGAAUCACUGUCUGCCUCACCAGAAAUGAAUCAUGGACUUCUGAAUUAUGAUUUUGAUGUUAUUAUGUUAUGUUAUUGUUAUUUAUAACGUCGCGGGAGCAUUUGGCUCCUCCAUUUUCAUAUGUAAAUAGCCAUCUCUGUAAGGUUUCUACAUGGACUUCUGCAGCAGCUGAAGAGGAAAAAAAUAUAUUGUAUUUAUAAUGAAAAAUAAGGCGUCCAGUAUAACAAGCAAGGUCAGUGUCUGAAUGUGCCAACCAUUUUUUUUUCUUCUUUUUUAUGUUCGGUAGAAAUCAUAUAACUUUGAACAUGAACAUAAACAAUAUUGCACUCUUUGUUGUGUUGGAGAGCAACAAAAAAAAGAAGAAUACAAAGCACAAUGUGUGUGUGUGUGAGUGUGUGAGCGUGUGUGUGUGUGUGUCGACCAGCCCCGUGGACAGACAGACACUUCACAGGCCUCCGCUUCAGGCUGCUUCCGCCAGCGACCCUCCGUUACUUGGCUUCCCGUCGUCAUGGUCUGACCAAUUGACUCCUUUCUUUUCACCGAGAGAGUCCGCUAUUCGACUGCUGUUGUAAAUGAUUGUAUCCAUCCCUUUUUUUAUUUAAUGUUUCGGAGACAGUGUGCAAAAAGAAAAAAAAAGACAAACAAACAAAAUGUAUUCAGUUCAAAGAAAAGCAAAACGAUCUGUUCUGUUGACUAACUUUUUGGUAGUCUUGUUGUUUUGUAAAAUACAAUAAAAAUACAUUUGUUGAGCUAUA